AUGGACGAGGAGGAGGUGGUGGUGGAGGAGGAGGAGGAGGGGGAGGAGGAGGAGGAGGAGGAGGAGGAGGAGGAGGUGGCCGGAAAGGGGGAGCCUGUGACUGGGAGGAUGGGGAUGAUUUCAGCCUUGAUUUUGGACCAUCCAGGAGUAGCAGACCUAAACCUCCUAGAGGACGUGGCAGUGGCCGUGAUGGAGCUCGAGGAAGAGGAGGAGAAAGCAGAAACUUCAGAAACAGUGGCCGUGAUGCAGCCCGAGGACGGGGAGGAGAAAGCAGAGACUUCAGAAAUGCUGGAAGGAAGCAGUAUGCCGCUUCAGAAGAUCUUCAUGACAAAUGAAAACCAGGAACAACUGAAAGAACUUCUCCGGGAACUCCAGACGCAAGAUUUUGAGCCGCAUGAUGAAUCAAAUUCCGAUUACUCUGGUGAUGAAGAGGAAGAGUAUGAUGAAUUGGACCAUCGGGAUGAUGGUCAGUUUUGGGCGACACAAGACGAUCCUGUGGAGAGUGCUGAAUCGCCAGACUAUUAUGACUCGCUGUCCGAUGAGGAAAAACCCCCUCCGGAACCUGUGAUAUCCUUAUUUGCCAUAGGAAAACUCUGCAGGUAUGGCUUUGACAGAGAACGCAGCAAACAGGCCUUGGAGUCACAUGAUGGAGAAUUUGGGUUCACGUUAGAACAGCUCCUUCAGGAAGUUUUCAGUGAGCGUUACGGCCAGAGAGUAGUGUGUCCUCAUGACCUUGACAAUGUGCCCAUGGAUGAAUGUCUGAGCCAGCGGCAGGAGGAAGCUCUGGCCCUCACAGCUAUUUACGGCCAGGGCUGUCGUUUUGGGGCCAAAUGCAGGUUCAAACACCAGCUUCCGACCAAAGACUCCUUUGAAGCAAGUGGUCCAAGCCAACCAGGCAUCAGCAGCUUCUCUCCCUCAGAGUAUGAACUGGAAAUCCGGUUCCCCAAAGGAAACCGCUACCCCUUUCAGGCUCCGGUAGUUGCCUUUAGCACCAAUGAUGAGUCUGUGGGGGCAGCAGGAAGGCUCAGUGUGACAGAGAGACUGUAUGAAGAGGCGCUUUCUGCUGCUAAGAGCAGUGAGCCCGUCAUUUACACUCUGAUCACCUUGUGCGAGGACGAAGAUGCAAUGAAAAAGUUGCUCGCUGUCGGUCAUCAUAAAUAUAGCACACCACCUCCAGUUUUGUCUCCCCCUCCUCCGCCCUCUCAGUCUGCUAUUAAAGGCAAGAGCACAAACAACAACGGAUCUGCAGAAAUUAGGAGCAUCUGCGGCAGCAGCAGGAGAGUGGCACCCCCCAGCAACCACAAAUCUACAGACGAUAAAGACACAGGAGGCACAGAGGAGCUAGAUGAGAAGGAUGAGGGGGAUGAGAGGGAUUUGGAGGAUGACCAGGCUGUUCCAGUGGAAAAUGAAAGUUAUGUCAAUCUAAGGAAGAGAAUGGUAAACAAGCACAACAUGAAAAUGGACAAUCUUCUGCAAGAAAAUGGCAAGCUUUGCAAGGACUAUCAGAAGAAACUUAGCUCCAAAAAAUUCAAGUCAAUGCUGGAGCAGAGAAGGAAUCUUCCCGCUUGGCAGGAAAAAGACUCUAUUCUUGCAAUUCUAGAAGGAUGUCAGGUGUUGGUAGUUAGUGGAAUGACGGGGUGUGGUAAGACCACUCAGAUACCCCAGUUUAUCCUUGAUGCCUCUUUAAAGGGCCCUGCAGACCGUGUUGCUAACAUUAUCUGCACUCAACCUCGAAGGAUAUCUGCCAUUUCUGUGGCUCAGCGAGUGGCUCAGGAGCGGGCAGAGUCACUGGGAAAGUCAGUGGGCUACCAGAUCCGCCUGGAGAGUGUCCGCACCUCUGCUACCAGACUUUUGUACUGUACAACUGGUGUGUUACUAAGGAGAUUAGAAGGAGAAGCAGAUCUUAAAGACGUCACACAUGUGAUUGUUGAUGAGGUCCAUGAACGAACAGAGGAAAGUGACUUUUUGCUUUUGGUGCUGAAAGACCUAAUUCUUCAGAGACCAGACCUAAAGAUCAUUUUGAUGAGUGCUACACUUAAUGCUAAUCUCUUCUCAGAAUAUUUCUACAACUGCCCCACUGUCCAUAUACCAGGUCGAACUUUUCCAGUCGACCAGUUCUUUCUCGAAGAUGCGAUUGAAAAAACGGGUUAUGUCAUUGAAGACGGCAGUCCCUUCAUGCGUUCAGGCAAACAGAGCGGCUCUAAUGCUGCUCCUCGAGGGCCGAAGAAAGAGUCCAGGGACUUGGUGGAGGAUUUAAGUGACGACGUGUGGAACUUUAUGUCCUUCUCCAAAAAAGACUUUGUCAAAGAGUCCAUCCCUGACCAACAGCUCAGCUUUCAGGAUCUGACAUGGAGAUACAAAGAUAGAAAAAAGUCUGUAUUGAAAACCAUGGCUGCUAUGGACUUGGAUAAAAUAAACAUGGACCUGGUUGAAAGCCUCUUGGAAUGGAUUGUUGGGGGCAAGCACAACUAUCCUACUGGUGCAGUCUUGGUCUUCAUGCCGGGCCUUGCUGAGAUCAAAAUGCUUUAUGAACAGCUUCAGUCGAACCGAAUGUUUAACAACCGAGGUGCCAAAAGGUGCGUGGUGUAUCCUUUACACUCCACUCUGUCCAACGAGGAGCAGCAGGCCGUGUUCAACCGCCCUGCGGACGGUGUCACGAAGAUCAUCAUCUCCACAAACAUCGCUGAAACCUCCGUCACCAUUGAUGACAUUGUGUUUGUGAUCGACUCUGGAAAGAUGAAGGAGAAAAGAUACGAUGCCACGAAGAGCAUGGAGAGCCUGGAGGACUCGUGGGUGUCCAGAGCCAAUGCGCUGCAGAGGAAAGGCCGAGCGGGUCGCGUGGCCUCAGGCGUGUGUUUCCAUCUCUUCACCAGCCACUGUUUCCAGCACCAUCUGUCCGAGCAGCAGCUGCCGGAGAUCCAGAGAGUUCCACUGGAGCAGCUCUGCCUCCGAAUCAAAGUGCUGGAUGUGUUCUCUGAGAAGCCACUGGAGUCUGUGUUCAGUCGACUUAUUGAACCACCGGCAAUGGGUAGUCUGGAUGCAGCCAAACAGAGGCUGCAGGACCUGGGGGCUCUGACAGCAGACGAGAGACUCACCCCGCUGGGAUACCACCUGGCCUGCCUGCCGGUGGACGUGCGCAUCGGAAAACUCAUGCUGUUUGGGGCCAUCUUUCGCUGCCUUGACCCAGCGCUCACCAUUGCAGCAAGUUUGGCUUUCAAAUCGCCAUUUGUGUCUCCUUGGGAUAAACGUGAGGAAGCCAAUGAAAAAAAGCAGGCUUUUGCUUUGGCUAACAGCGACCAUCUAUCUUUAUUACAGGCAUACAAGGGGUGGUGUUCGGCUGCAAAACAUGGAAACCAAGCCAGCUAUGUUUAUUGCCGAGAGAACUUCCUGUCCUGGCGAGGCUUACAGGAGAUUGCAAGUCUAAAGAGACAAUUUGCUGAGCUGCUGUCAGAUAUUGGCUUUAUAAAGGAAGGGCUGAGAGCACGUACGAUAGAGCGCAUCAGCUCUAAAGGGACAGAUGGGAUCCUGGAGUCCACUGGUCCUGAGGCCAAUCUAAAUGCUGAUAACAUCAAGCUGAUGUCAGCGAUGCUGUGCGCUGCCCUUUACCCCAACGUUGUCCAGGUGCGAUCUCCUCAAGGAACUUACAAAGUGACAAGCAAAGGGGCCAUGAAGAUGCAACCAAAAGCAAACGAACUUCGCUUCCUGACCAAAACUGACGGAUAUGUGAACGUGCACCCCUCCUCUGUCAACUUCUCUGUUCGUCAUUACACCAGUCCGUACCUGGUGUACCAUGAGAAGGUGAAAACCAGCCGUGUGUUCAUCAGGGACUGCAGCAUGGUAUCCGUUUACCCGCUGGUGCUGUUUGGAGGAGGACAGGUCAAUGUCGAGCUGCACAAAGGAGAGUUUCUCAUUUCCCUGGAUGAUGGCUGGAUUCGAUUUGCUGCUGCCUCUCAUCAAGUUGCGGAGCUGGUGAAGGAGCUGCGCUGGGAACUGGAUCAGCUGCUGGAGGAUAAAAUCAACAACCCUGUGAUGGACCUGUGCAGCUGUCCCCGUGGCUCCCGCAUCAUCCGCAUGAUCGUCCACCUCAUCUCCACGCAGUAA